CGGGGAUAGUUUGUUUGUGUGAACUUUAGUAGAAUUUUACACGAUUUAGGAAGAAAACACAAGCCUUGACGUGUUAUGUUUAAUCAGCAGAAGUAGAGGACAAAUUGCAGGAUUCAUUCUUGAAGGCACACGAAAGGAAAAAUGUUGUGCGCUGCAAAGUUUUUGCAAGGGGGAGGGGCGGGCCCGACUGCUGCAAGGUGUGUUGUAUCCUGGACGUUUGGAGGACGGCAGAGGAAUCUAGAACAUCCUUUCGUCACAAGAAGCUGUGUUUCUCAGCAAGUCAGGUGGAAGACACGAGCUGUCAUUUUUGACAUGGGAGGAGUCAUCCUGCCACAACCUCUCAAGGUCUUCCAAGAAUUUGAAGCUUCCAAGCAGCUCGCCCCUGGGUCAGUGGUUAAAGUGAUCAACAGUGGGGGUCACUCGGGGGCCUGGCAGCGGCUGGAGCGGGGAGAAAUCACUCAGACAGAGUUCAUCCAACCCUUCAGCGAGGAGUGUGAAAGAGUUUUAGGACAGAAAGUGUGUGUGGCUGACCUGAUGCCAUCGUUCAGUCAGCGCAUUGCAGAGCCUGACCCAGCCAUGCUGGAUGCUGUACAGUGUAUCAGAGCAGAGGGCAUCAAAACAGCCCUGCUCACAAACAACUGGCUCGUCAACAGGCAACAGUCUUUCCUCCCUGUGGACAGGAGGAUAUUUGACGUGGUAGUGGAGUCAGCGAUAGAGAGGAUGAGGAAACCAGAGCUGAAGAUUUACAGCCACACCCUGGAGAGGUUAAAGGUGAAACCGGAGGAAGCUGUGUUUCUGGACGACAUCGGGUCUAACCUCAAACCAGCCGUGGAGAUGGGCAUCACCACUGUCAAGGUAGACAGUGUGACACAAGCUUUACAAGAACUUGAAGCCAUUUUAAAGUUUCCUUUGAAAGGGUUUGUUCCUGGGACCAGUAAAGUUAGGGAAGGCCUCGAGAUCGAUGUUGAUGCUUUAGUCACGUACAUGAACCAAACACUGGGGAUGACUUCUUCAGAUGGGGUCAACAUCCGUCAAUUCUCCCACGGUCAGUCCAACCCUACCUACUACGUUGGAUAUGGGGAGAAGAAAAUGGUACUAAGGAAGAAACCGCCAGGAAAGCUGUUGCCGUCAGCCCAUGCUGUGGAGAGAGAGUACAGAGUGAUGAAGGCAGUGAAGGAGGCUGGUGUGCCCAUACCAGAACUGGUGGCUCUCUGUGAAGAUGACAGUGUGAUUGGUACACCAUUUUACUUGAUGGAAUAUGUGGCAGGAAGACUCUUGAAAGAUCCAAGCCUACCUGGAAUGGAGCCUGAGCAAAGAAAGGAGAUAUAUUCUGCCAUGAAUGAAGUCCUGUCCAAGAUCCAUAGUGUGAACGUUAGGAAGGCAGGGCUGGAAGACUAUGGCAAACAUGGCAACUACGUCCAGCGUCAGAUCUCUCGCUGGGGUAAACAGUACGAGGCGAGUAAGACACACGAGAUUCCCGCAAUGGACCGCCUGCUAACAUGGCUGCCUGUCCACGCACCAUCCACGGACAAAACUACCGUGGUACACGGCGAUUUCAGACUGGAUAACCUGAUUUUCCAUCCCACCAAACCAGAGGUUCUGGCUGUACUGGACUGGGAGUUGUCCACGUUGGGUGAUCCCAUAUCAGACCUGGCUUACAACUGUCUACAGCAUCAUCUGCCUGCACAGUUCCCUAUACUUAAAGGUUUGGGAGGGAUGGAGCUGGGAGGCCUGGGUAUCCCCAGUGACAGGCAGUACAUGGAGGAGUAUUGUCAGAGGAUGGGGGAACCUCCUGUGGCCAACUGGGACUUCUACCAGGCCUUCAGUUUCUUCCGUGUGGCCGCUAUUCUACAGGGCGUGUACAAGAGAGCUACACAAGGUCAAGCCAGCUCCAAACAAGCCAUUUCAGUGGGCAUCAUGGCCAAGGAGGCGGCAGAGCUAGCCUGGAAGUUUGCCACGCGGGAGGGCUUCCGAGUCUUCAACACGCCGCAGGACAAUUCUGGUACACGGAGCUACAGCUCUCUCAGUAACGUACAUGCCAGUAACAGAGGGACUGAGGGGAUAGGUAGGGAGGUCAGGCAUGCUGGUGAGGAAACUCCAGCAGGUCUUGUGGCAGUCACCCCUAAGAGUCUGCUAGAAGAUGUGAAGAACAUUCACUACAAACUUAAGACGUUCAUGGAUGAACACAUCUACCCUAAUGAGGAGAAACUGUGCGCUCACCAGAACUCAGCAGACAGGUGGAACCCCCAUCCUCUGGUAGAGGAACUUAAGGCUGAGGCCAAGGCCCGUGGCCUGUGGAACCUGUUCCUGCCCAGGGAAGCUGACCCGGAGGUGAAGUUUGGAGCUGGGCUGACUAACGUGGAGUAUGCACACCUGUGUGAGACCAUGGGGAGAUCUGUGUUUGCACCUGAGGUGUUUAACUGCUCAGCCCCUGACACUGGGAACAUGGAGGUGCUGGUGAAGUAUGGGAGCCCUGCCCAGCAGGAGGAGUGGCUGAGCAGGCUGCUGGAUGGGAGUAUCCGCUCAUGCUUUGCCAUGACGGAACCACAGGUUGCGUCAUCCGAUGCCACCAAUAUCCAGGCCUCUAUAGUAAGAGAAGGGGACUUCUAUGUACUGAAUGGACACAAAUGGUGGACUUCAGGUGGUAUGGACCCCAGGUGUAAGCUGUGUAUCUUCAUGGGGAAGACAGACAUGUCAGCAGACAGACACAGACAACAGUCCAUGAUCCUAGUACCCAUGGACGCUCCAGGGGUCAAGGUCGUUAGGCCGCUGUCAGUCUUUGGCUAUGAGGAUGCUCCAGGAGGUCAUGCGGAGGUCGUGUUUGAGAAUGUGCGAGUCCCGGCGGAGAACCUGCUCCUGGGGGAGGGGAGAGGGUUUGAGAUCGCCCAGGGACGUCUGGGGCCGGGCCGCAUCCACCACUGCAUGCGUCUGAUUGGCUCGGCUGAGCGGUCUCUCGAACUCAUGAUCGACAGGGUACAAGAGCGGGUGGCGUUUGGAAAGCCUUUGGCCACUCAGGGGACCAUCAUGGCAGACAUCGCAGAGUCACGUAUGGAGAUUGAGCAGGCCAGACUACUCACGCUAAAGGCUGCUCACAUGAUGGACACUGUGGGAAACAAGGCUGCAGCCCCAGAGAUAGCCAUGAUCAAGGUCGUUGCCCCCAGGAUGGCACAGAGAGUGAUUGACAGGUCCAUGCAGGCAUUUGGUGGGAUGGGACUGAGUGAAGACACCCCAUUGGCCACGUUCUACUCGUGGGCGCGAGUGCUACGAUUGGCUGACGGACCUGACGAGGUUCACCGCCAGGCCAUCGCUAAGAUGGAAAUCCGCAAGAGGAGGAAAUAAAAUACACAUAUUCUUACAAAAACAAAUUGACACAAAAUGUCCCUUAGAUCAGACAAAGCUAAUUUUGUCAAGGCAGCAAAUUUUCUCUAUGUGUGGCUU